AUGAGCACUGUCAAAGAAGCAAUUGCCCAAUUUGGUGUGAACCUUUUCAAAGAACUGGCCAAAGAAAAUCCUACCGAAAAUAUCUUUUUCUCCCCAUUGAGCAUCUCAGUAGCUUUGGCCAUGCUGCUUUUGGGCUCCGGAGAUGACACUGCUAAGCAGAUGGAAAAGGCUCUUAGCUUAGAUCAGAUCACUGGAUCUGGAAGAGGAGGCAGUGAGGGGGAGGGUGCUCAGUGUGAUAAACCCGAAGGAAUACAUUCCCAGUUCAAGGCACUCCUGGCAGCCAUCAACCAACACACCAAAAACCACACACUGAGCAUUGCCAACAGGCUGUACGGAGCACAGCAGUAUGAAUUCCAUCAGCAAUAUUUACAUUGCAUAAAAGAGCUGUAUGGUGCUGAGCUGGAAAGAGUGGACUUCCAGCACGCUGCUGAGGAAGUGAGAAAGAAGAUUAAUUCCUGGGUUGAAAGUCAAACAAAUGAUAAAAUCAAGAACCUUUUCCCUCGUGGAACUAUUGAUGAAACAGCCGUUUUGGUCUUGGUGAACGCCAUUACCUUCAAAGGAAUAUGGAAGAAAAAAUUUCAGAAAAGUGACACAAAGGAAGAACCUUUCUGGAUAAACCGGAACCAGAGCACAAAUGUACCGAUGAUGAAACAGACAGACGUUUUUAGUUGGGCUCAAAUACAAAACCCCAAAAUGAAAGUGCUUGAACUUCCCUAUGAUCAGGGCGAUCUAAGUAUGCUCUUGUUGCUGCCAGAUGAUAAAGAAGGUCUGGACCAGCUUCAGGAGGAGCUCACCUAUGCAAAACUUAAAGAAUGGACCUCUCCAUCAAACAUGAAGAAGGUACAGACGAUAGUUUCCCUGCCAAAGUUCAAGCUCGCAGAACAAUAUGAACUCCUUCCAGCUUUAAAAGUUUUAGGAAUGGAGGAUGUUUUUACCAGAGGAAAGGCUGAUUUAACUGGCAUGUCUGAAAAUCAGGACAUUUUUAUUAGUGAGGUAGUUCAUAAAGCUUAUGUAGAAGUCAAUGAAGAAGGUACAGAAACUGCAGCGGCCACUGGUGCAGUGGUAGAGUCAAUUAUGCAAGAACUAGCAAUAAAUAUUAAUCGCUCAUUCCUCGUCAUCAUAAACAAUAUUAAAAUGGAUAUAGUAUUAUUUAUGGGAAAGGUUCUUAACCCUUCAACAAUACUAUAA